AAAUUUCUUCAAAUUAUGCUCCUGGGGUCAAAUUUGACCCUGCCCCAGGGGUCACAAAAUUGAACAUAUGCUUAUAUAAGGCCUAUUUUGUGAAAACUUUCAAAAUCUUCUCGUCCAUAACCAUUGGGCCUAGGUCUAUCAAAUUUGGUAUGUAGAGACAUCUCAUAGUCCUCUACCAAAUUUCUUCAAAUUAUGCUCCUGGGGUCAAAUUUGACCCUGCCCCGGGGGUCACAAAAUUGAACAUUUGCUUAUAUAAGGCCUAUUUUGUGAAAACUUUCAAAAUCUCUCGUCCAUUACCAUUGGGCCUAGGGCUAAUAAAUUUAGUAUGUAGAGACAUCUUAUAGUCCUCUACCAAAUUUCUAAAAAUUAUGCCCCUGGGGUCAAAUUUGACCCUGCCCCAGGGGAUAAAAAAAUGGAACAUAUUCUUAUAUAAGGCCUAUUUUGUGAAAACUUCAAAAAUCUUUCUGUCCAUAACCAUCCAGCCUAGGGCUAUCAAAUUUGGUAUGUAGUGACAUCUUAUAGUCCUCUAUCAAAUUUGUUCAAAUUUUAUCCAUGGGUUCAAAUUUGAACCUGCCCCGGGGGUCACAAAAUUGAACAUAUGCUUUUAUAUUGCUUAUUUUGUGAAAACUUUAAAAAAAAUUCUUGUCCAUAACCAUUAGGCCUAGGGCUACACAAUUUAGUAUGUAGUGACAUUGUAUAGUCCUCCACUUAGUUUGUUCAAAUUAUGCCCCAGGAGUCAAAUUUGACCCUGCCCUGGGGGCCACAAAAUCGAUUAUAUGCUUAUAUAGUGCCUAUUUUGUGAAAACUUUAAAAAUUCUCAUGUCCUUAACCAUAAGGCAUAGGGCUACCAAAUUUGGUAUGUAGUGACAUCUAACAGUUCUCUACCAAGUUUGUUCAAAUUAUUCCCCUGGGGUCAAAUUUGACCCUGCCCGGGGGGGUCACAAAACUGAACAUACGCUUAUAUGGGGCCUAUUUUGUGGAAACUUUAAAAAAUUUCUUGUCCAUAACCAUUGGGCCUAGAGCUACCAUAUUUGGUAUGUAGUGAUAUCUAAUUAAUCUCUACCAAAUUUGUUCAAAUAAUGCCUCUGGGGUCAACUUUGACCCUGCCCUGGGAGGUCACAAAAUUGAAUAAACGCUUAUAAAGCGCCUAUUUUGUAAAAUCUUUAAAAAUCUUCUUGUUGAAAACCAUUCAGACUAUGGCUACCAAAUUUAGUAUGCAGUAACAUCUUAUAGUCCUCUACCAAGUUUGUUCAUAUUAUGCCCUUUGGGUCAAAUUUGACCCUGACCUGCGGGUCACAAAAUUGAACAUUAUAUACGCUUAUAUCUUGCUUAUUUUGUGAAAACUUUAAAAAUAUUUUUGUCCUUAACUCUAGGACCUAGGGCUACCAUAUUUUGUAUGUAAAUGUAGUGAGAUAUAGUAGUCCUCUACAAAGUUUCUCAAAUUAUGCCCCUGGGGUUAAAUUUGACCAAGCCCAGAGGGUCACAAAAGUGUACAUGUGCUUAAAUAGGGCCUAUAUUUAAGUAUUUGCACAUGCAGAAAAUAUUUUGUUUCAGCCUUUUUUCAGCAGUGGAGCGAUACAGGGCCAUCAAGGCCUUCUUGUUGUCCAAAACAAGGCUUAUUACAACAAGUAAAAAUGUAUUUGUGUAAGAUUUGAUUUCUCAGCUUUAAAACGCUGUCUGUCCUCAAUCUUGAUGAAUUUUAUCAUGAAUAGGGGGAGACAGUUGUUGUUUCAACAAUUACAGAUCUAGUUUGAAAGGAGCAUUUAUAUCUCUGCAAGUAAAGUGUUAUUUUGUUAUUGUGAUAUAUUUUCACGACCCAAUGAAAAUGUCAACAAUGCAGAAAAAAGUGUUGUGAAAUAAAAUUUAAUAUCUCAUAUUAUUAGCAAUGAUCAUGUUUCAUUUUAAUCAAGAAAAUGCAGUUAAUGAUAGUUCAUGCUGACAUUGAUGUUUGUUGACUCUUGAAAUGUGUCAACAUAAAUUAUUGUUGUUAUCCCCACCCUCCGAAUUUGAGUGGGGGGAUUAUGUGGAUAUCUCCGCCGUCUGUCCGUCCUGGCCACUAUCUCCUCCUACACUAUUAGCAUUAGAACCUUGAAACUUAAACACAUGGUGGUGGCUAUGAACAUAAAAUGUGCGAUAGUGCACUAUUUGGUAUCUUAAUCUGCCCCCUGGGUGAAAAGUUGCGGCGUGGGGAUCACGUCGGCAGCGACCUCGCCAUUUCUAGUUAUUAUUCUUUAUUUUUAUAAUGGACAAAUAUUGAUGCCAACUUAUUUCAAGCAAAAAAAUUUAGUGGCAACAACUAUUUUUGACCCAGUGAAACCCAUUUGCUGGAAAAUCAAAUACAUUUUUUUCGUCCAAAUUUAGUGGUUCAUCCUUUUUUUUAGAAAGAAAUUAGUUGUGUUAUUAUAAAACUACAUUAUACUAAACAUUUGCAAUCAGAAUUUCUCUGUUAAUGUGACAUUCACAAAUUCCAGGAACAUGCAAAAUUUCUCGCAUAUUUUGCGUUAAUCCUUUGUACUGAUAAAAAGAAAGUGACAAUUAUACUGCAUGAACUGUGUGUCACGUAUUCUUGUAUGUUUACUUGCAGGGGGAGGGGAUGGUUUCAUCAUUAUUUAUGAUGUGUUCAGACCCAUCGGAAAGGAGAGGUACACAUUUCCAAGUGUUGGCACUAUAGCCCUGAACAAUCGUCAUAGACACAAGUUCAGUGUUGAGACCGUGCUGUGGUACCCAUUAGACACUGGUUUGUUUACUUCCAGUGGAACAGACUGUCUUCUUAAAGUUUGGGAUACCAACAGACUCAAGCCUGCAGAUGAAUAUCAGUUUAGCGGUUUGGUGAACAGCCACCACAUGUCUCCCAUAGCAACCAAGCAUUGCCUGAUUGCUGUGGCAACCAACAGCUCCACGGUCAAACUAGUUGACCUCAAGUCUGGAUCAUCCACCCAUAGUCUGAAAGGUCAUGACACCUCUGUUUUUGUUGUGAAGUGGUCACCACACAAUGAGUUCACGUUGGCUACUGGGGGGGGUGAUGGAAAGAUAAUGUUGUGGGACAUACGCAAUGCCAAAGGCAGCCUUAUCCAGUUUGAUAAGUACAACGGGACGCCACCACAGGAAAACUUUGAACAUUCGUCCUGCAUAGCUCACAACAUCGCUGUGAACGGUCUGCAGUUCUCAGCUGAUGGUUUGUACCUUGUAUCCUGCGGCAACGACAAUGCACUCCAUCUCUGGGACACGACCACUGGUAGAAACGUCGGAGUCAACUACAUCUCUGUUUCUAACCGCUCAAAAAAAUCGCUGCAAUUUGCCGUUUCUUCCGCCUGUAACCGUGACCUUGUCUUCAUGCCAAAUGAUACAAAAAGAAACCCCUGUAUACAUGCUUUGGACAUGAUGUCAGGAAAGAAUUUGUACACAUUGACUGGGCAUUACUCGUCCAUGAAUUGUUGUUUGUUUCACCCAGAUUUUCAUGAGCUUUACUCUGCUGGAAUGGAUAGAAACAUUUUAGUGUGGACACCAAAACUGGAUGACACGGGAUAUUCUUCGCUGACUAGAAAAAUUAAACGAGCAAUAAGGAAAACAACAUCUGCAAGUGAAUGUAAAAUAGAUAGAAAGGUUUCAGAAAAUGGUGCUAUGAAAUUUAAUGGUGCAGAGGUAAAAGAUUUGUUGAGUCCUGUAGCGGUGAAUCCAUUGACAGCAGAUUCAUGGAGUAGUGAUGAAGAUGGGUAGCUUUAAGCGCAGACUUUUCUAAGAUGUCUUUGGAUAAUAAAAAAGUUGAAAAAACAAAUUUACUCUAUGCAACUUUUCUGAUAAUUUUCUUACAUAGUUAGAAGGUUUUUUUUUACACAAAAAUGAAAAUAAUUAAGGGCAUUAAAAUGUGAUUUUAAUGUUGUUGCUUGUAAUGACCUGUAACAUCUUAUCUUUUUAUGUCCUUGGUAGGGUGGCAUAUAGCAGUUGAACUUUCCGUCCGUCUGUCUGUCGGUCCGUCGAAAACUUUAACAUUGCCCAUAACUUUUGCAAUAUUGAAGAUAGCAACUUCAUAUUUUGCAUGCAUGUGUAUCUCAUGGAGCUGCACAUUUUGAGUGGUGAAAGGUCAAAGUCAUCCUUCAAGGUCAAAGUUAAAAAACAAAUCCAAGGGAAGUAACAAGCUUUAAAGGGAGAUAAUUUCUAUUUAUCAUUUGGCAGGUUCACAUCAUUUUCACAAGGGAAGUAAUAUUUUUUGAAGGGAGAUAAUAAAAAACAACAAGACUAUUGCCAAGCAAUAUAUGUCCCCUAUCGGCUCCACCUUUGUCAGAUUUAAAAAAAAUAUUUGUUGCCAUAGCAACCAGAAUUUUUUGACGUAGGAAGAAAAUGAAAUGACGGGCAUAAUGUCCAUAAUUUUAUUGCCAUCUAUCCAUGUUUGAAGUUUCAUGAAAAAAUAUAAAGAAAUUUUCAAGUUAUCGCAAGAUCCAGAAAAGUGUGCAGGCUCUUCCAUUUUCAGCAGUAUUUCUAGUCUAUUUGUUGCCAUAGCAACCAGAAUUCUUGACAUAAGAACAAAAUGAAAUGACGUGCAUAUUCUCCAUCUUUCCAUGUUUCAAGUUUCAUGAAAAAAUAUGAAGAAUUGUUAAAGUUAUCGCAGAAUCCAGAAAGGUGUGACAGACUGACGGACAGACAGACACACAGAGGGAAAACCAUAAGUCCCCUCCCAUGAAACCGGUAGGGGACAAUAAUACUAAAUCAAAGCGGCGCAGUAGGGGGCAUUUUGUUACUGACAAACACAUCUCUUGUUUAAUCUGCUUCUCAUUACAUGUAGUGCAUGGUUACAUUAAUUUCUUUAACUUUAACAAAAUAACAUUGUAUAUAUAUAAAAUAUAUACACAGCUGUAAUAAAUUACAGAACUAUAGGAUGAAGUCAUCAUGCAUGCAUGUAAAAAUGCAUGUACAUUUUAUAAACUAAGUCGGGCCAUAAUCUUAAAAUGUUAUAAUUAUUUAUUUGAAUGAUAAUGUAUUUAAAAAUACAUUAAUUUAUUUCUAUAAAAGGGUGCUGCCAGAUGUUACAAUGUUAGCAUUUUUGACAAAUUAUGAAAUCGAAAUUCUAAUAAAGAAUGCAUUUUGUGCAAUUUUCUACUUUAUAAA